CGUGUUCGAAAAUUGACUGACAGUACUGUCAACAAUCUUUUAUCUCUUUUGCGCUUCCAAGUUCAUGGAUAGCUCUGACUCUGUCCUAGGGAAUUUUCAGUACUGUCAGUCAAUUUACGAACACGGCCCUACAAUCAACGAAUAUAUAUAGGAAUUUUUGAAGUGCGGAUUCAGAUCGACAAAGGCGUAGUCUAUCAUGAUCAAAUUAUUCUUCGUCAUGACUAUUUUGUUAGGUGAAACUAACUUUUGGACGUUUGAAGACGUCGUUAACAUCAAGGAUACUGACUUUGGUGCAUUUCGAUAUCAUGAUAAACGUACGGAGAAUUUAUAUGCCGAGGGCAAAAGAUCCUAUGGCAAGAAACGUGGAAUGGUUUGCGUUCCACAAAAUAAGAAAGCGAAUAAGCUGAAGGAUUCGAUCAAGUAUCUAGAGGAACAAUUGAAAGAUCACUCUGUGGUAUAUUGCCAGUGGUGUGAUCAUUGCGUGGUACAAUUACUCCUGAGCUCCGGAUUACUGAUUCACAUACAAAUCAAUCUUUCCACAGGGGAUAUCCAAAAAAUGAUAUUCGAUAAAUACCUUGUCGGAAAAGUUUUGGAUCACAUGUCAGAUGUGAUAAUUACAAAAAGUCAUCUGAUGUGCACGUACAAUGACAAUCAAGUGACUUUGGUACACUUUACAAAGCCCAAAAGGCAUAUGUUUGAGAAAAUGAGUAGACUAGAUUCUAAGUUGGUAUUGUUUGAUUUGUCUGGCCCAAGUGGCCGCAGAUUAGAUAAAAAAAUUCAAUUUAAUAAGACUGGAGAUUUGAUUGUAGUAUGGUGGAAAUCGACCGUAAAUGAAGUGUUUCCUUGGAGUCCUGUAGUAAAAGAACAUGAUCGAGCUAAUGUUCACCUUUAUCGUCUCAUAGGAAUAAAGAUAGAGCUUUUGUGCUUUCUGCGAACAGAAUUUGAUCCGCUAUGUGUAACAUUUAGUACAUAUCAUGAGAAUAUGAUACAUUCUGUAGAACAGAAGGUGUCUAGAAAGGGUGAAGUAACCAUUGAGUGGAGAGUUUACGAAGUAUCUCAACAGGGUAAAUUGCAAAGAAUAGCUGUAACCUCUGUUCCUUUGCCAACGCAUACCAGUUGUAUCAAAUUUUCACCUAAUCAUGACAUGUUGUUGUUGUGUUGUAUCGAUGGCUCUGUGACAUUACAUGAUCAAGCUCGAGGAACGAAUAAUACUGUGAAAGCUGCUUUUAUACCGACUUUGGCGUCGUGGCAUAGCGACGGAAUGGCAUUUACCAUUAGCAAUGAACGGGGUCAAUUUCAACAUUAUGAUAUAUCGUUAACAUGUUUACGGAGCCAAAUACUCAAUGAAGAUACAACACCUGCUAAUAUUUUGGAUCUUUCGUCGUAUUUUAGUAGAAAUCAACCAGCCUUAUUGCGAAUGGAAUGGAGCAAAGGAAUAACUUCUCACGACUGUCCAGAAUCGUACGGUAAUGGGGAUUCCCUGUUUUUACUACUAUUUGAAAGAGGGCCAUUGGGAAUAAUUAAAUUCAUAGAAGGAAGUAAUUUGUCUGGCGACAUACUAGUUCGAAGGCACUUGAAUCUCUCGCAGGUCGAACGUGCAAUAUCACUGCUUUUGGCUAUGAAUUGGGACACUUAUCCUGAAGUGUGUAUGCAUUCCCUGAAUCAAAUAUUGAAUUACCUCUUCAAGUCAACACUCACGCCAGAAAGAGAAGGGCUCAUACAAACUGCUCUGGGCAGUUUUCAUGUACCAAUUACACCGAUAAGCCAGACAGUUCAAGAAGAAUAUGGAGAAGAAGUAAGAGAUUUGACAAGGAGAUUUUUUCAUCAUUUGUUGAGGCAUCGUCUGUUCGAGAAAGCUUUCAGACUUGCCAUAGAUUUGAAUGAUCAUGAUCUCUUUAUGGAUAUACAUUUUUAUGCCUUGAUAACAAACGAUACAGAGAUGGCAACUGCAGCGAAAGGAAAAGCUGAAACUAUCCUUGUUCGAUCGAAUAGUUGUAGUAGCACACAUUCAACAUGCUCUCGGCGAUCCUGUUCGCUUUGUUCAAGUUCGGAGAGUCAAGCAGAAAGCGAAUCUUACAGUGAAGAAAGUGAAACUGAAGAUUCACCAAGGAGAGAAAAACUCAGUUCAACUGUGCCCCUGAAACGGAAUAAUGUCAAAAGUGUUGACAGUAAUAUCCCACCUUUACCUGUCUUACAUCCCCAUCACUAUAAUAGAAAGAGCCUAAUAUCAACUUCAUUCAACGCGGUUGAAAGUCCUACCAUAAACUCUUUGAAUAGUGACAAAAAUUUAAUGUCAACUGCAUUCAAUGUUCCCAGUGUCAAUCAUCUCACUUCAGAGCCUUGCGAUAAUUCCCCAACUAAUGUCAGUCGAAACAAUGAUCCACUAACUUCUCCUUAUAGCAAUCCCAAUUUGUGCGCAACGUCUACUAACAAUUCUGCCAGAAAUUUGCCGUUAUUUAAUGAUGUAAUAGGUGACUUAAUGUCAACGUCUUUCAGUAACAAUUCUAUAUCACCAAUUUUCAAUCACUCCAGCAAUACCAUAAACGAUAAAUCAUUUGAUAACAAGUCAAAUACCAUAUCUUCACCAACGUUUAAUAAUGUUUCAAGCAAUGCGAAAAUUUCAACAAUAUUGCAAGAUACGAAAAACUUGACGACAACUUUAUUCAAUAAUCCUACCUACGACACAGAAUUAUUUGAUAAUACUUCCAAUAAAUCAUCUUCAUUUAGUAAUAUAGAAUCCCCUCAUAUCUCAACACCAUUUAGCAAUCUGACUAGUAAUUCAAUGAACAAAUCAUAUGGUGAUCUGUAUAAUGGAUUCAAUUCAACAAGUAAAUAUAGUAUGAAUAUACCACCAAUAUUAUAUGGUAUGAAACCACCGGGAGUCAACGCUUCUCCGUCAAAUACAUUGGUAUCAAUGCUAUUCAAUGAUUCAAUUAGUACUGAUAAAUUGUCAACUACACCAUUUUUUGAUCCAAACGGUAGCCUUAUGUCAACAUCAUUUAGUAACUUUGAUAAAGAACUGACAUCAGAUUUUGGUAACACUGGUAAAGACACUUUUACACCAACUUCAAUUAACCCUGUGGAUAAUCCGAUUCACAAUCAUUCACCAAUCAAGUCAAUCAAAAAACAUUGUCCAAUGCCAGUACCACCUCCGCCUUCAAUAAAAAAUUCCUACAAUUAUGUACACAGCUUGCCAAACAAAAGUUACCAAUUGUCGCAUAGUACGUUGGGAUUAGCUAAUAUAGACGAACCUGUUCAACGAUUUCAAUCCAGGUUACUUAACUCAACUGCAAAAGUUUUACACAGGCAAAAUUCUGUAUCUACAAUUCUACAAAAUCAUCAUAAAAGAAAUAACAAGUUUCAAUCAACCAAAACUUACAGAGUUAAUUAUGACCUUGAUUUCGUUCCGUUCUAUGGUAGCUGUGACAAUUUAGAUUCUCAUGCUCCGAUAAAUCAUUUAAGAUCGAAUUCACAACUGCAAACGAAGUUAAGAGAAAGUAGGCAUUUGAAACACAGUUUUUUGCAAAAUUGUGCCAACUUGAACAUAAGCAAAGAGCAGAAAUUUUCUUCCAAUAUAUCACCACAACCUAUUAUCAAUUCUUCAUUCUCUAAACCCAAGUCCAACACCCAAAUCCCUCCUGCUGUUGAAACUUUAACGUCAAGUGAAAAGCCAAAAGUUAAAUUUUCUGACACUGUGACACACAUUUUGGUGCCUGGAUCGGGGCAACCAUAUAGACCUGUACAAAAGCGGUCGGUAACUCAGUUGCAUCCUAUGGAUCCUAAGCGAGAGUUAGCCGAAAGCCUUCCACUGUGUCUUGGAAAUGAAGACUAUCUCAAAGAUUUUCAACCAUUGUCAAAAGACUGUGAAACUGACAGUACGAAGGAACCACAUAGUAAACAACCAGACGAAUCAGCAAAGAUCAAGAUUGUUCAUUUUGGACUUUUGUAAAAUUUGAUGCGAUAAACACUUACACAUAUUCAAUUUUAAUAUUGUAAUAAAGAACUGUUUAAAUUUAAUACAAAAACGUUGAGGCUUGAUGAUCAUUAAAAUAGCGCAUUAGGUUGUUUCAUUGUCACGUACUAGUAUAAAUAUAACGUGGUUUCAUUUCACGUUUUAAUACACAUAUCAUGAAUUCAUAUUUUUAAAUAGUAUUACCAAUACAGAUUAGGAAUUAAAUGUAAUUAUAUGACUGUAAUGACCGCUAACUGCCAGUGAAGCUGUAUUAUUAUGUUAUUGGUAUGUGCCCGUAUAUUUUGUAUUUUUAUUGAUCGCAAAUAAACAUAUUUUUAAUAGA